AUGCUUCAGACAUGGAACAAUGGUAAGCAAACACAAUCAGUGACUCUCCCUCCCUUCUUUCUCCAGACCUCCUCCCCAUCUAAUGGCUCAUGAAAGAGUCUGAAUUUAAAAUGGUUUUUCUGGGCUAAGAAAUCAUUUCACAAAGUAGCACUUGGCUGAAAAUGUGGCCACGUUUCUCUAGCCUGUAAUUGAGCAAAGGUUUCAUUUCCUCCCUGCUGACUGAAGCCUGUGGCUCCAUGACCGGUAGAGCUGCUCAGAUGACAAGUGCCACACUGACAGAAUCUUUUACACUUUGCCCUUUAGACUUGCUGUGAGCAUAGGUAGAUGAUAAGGUGGUUAAAAACGCACCUGAGCCUCAUCUAGAUCUGCAGUUGCCAGUAGCAGAGCAGCUGUUAUGGAAGAUUGCCCUAAAAUUGCCCGCCUAGAGGCAGCCAAGGAACAGAGACCUCUAUUCUGCAAAGAACUGGAAACCCACAAACGUUUGAACUUGCUAUUACAAAACAAAAACAAAAAACCAACCCAUUGCCACCAAAAUAGGGUUAAACUUGGUUGACCUGAUUGCCAGUAGCCUGGCUAAUUGCUAUUCCUACAUGGCCAGUUUUAAAAGAAUAAGUUUGAGUGUUGUUGCAUAUGUUUAUAUGCAUUAACAUUAGCUCACAUCUGCAAAUUAGCAAGGCCCUGCAUUUUUCUCUGGCGCAGGUGGAAACCCUCGAGCCUUGCUGAAAUCAAGCAACACUCAAGUAUCAUCUUAGUUGCUUUUAUGAAACUGGGGCUUGGGCUAAGGAAGUUGUGGUCCAUUUGUAUGCAGUGUGUCUUUGUGUCUUCUAGACUGCAAUACCAUGCACAUUCGCCUGGGAGUAAGCCCCAUUACUGGAACUAACUUCUGAGUAAACAUGCUACAACUAUGCUGUCAGAAAUGGUUUUUACACUGGCUUUUUAGCUUUGUGUGAAACUUUGCCUGUUUACUAGGCCUGUUUACUUUUUUUAAAAAAAAAAAACCCACUAAUAAUAAUAAUAAUAAUAAUCUGAUUGGAUCCAGUGGCCUGCCAAAUGCCCCUCAUAGUGAAGUCCUACACAUGUCUGCUCAAAAGUCCCAUUGGGUUCAGUGGGGCUUAGUCUUCACUGAGCCAUCAUGGCCUGCAGCUAUUGAUAGACCUAUAUUCCAUGAAUUUAUCUAAUUGUUGCUGGUUUUUAAUCUUGAUAAACCAUGUAUUCUGAACAGAUCAACACUAGAGCAGGGCGCCAGUUUCUGGAGGCAGAGUCCUUUUGAGCCCCCUCUAUAUUUGGGGGGUAGAUGCUAUUCUUGCCACCCCCAUGUGCCCAAAGUGCAAAGGCAAAGUGCUGAGCAGGGCAUGGCCCCAGAGGCUGACUCCUCCUCCUCCUCCUCCUCCUCCUUCUCCUGCUGCUGCUGCUGCAGAGGGGAAGGAGAGUCUAAGUGGCCUCCUGCUCCUGGUAGUCCCAAGAAGAGGAGGAGGAGUCGCCACUGUGUUUGGCUCCGCCCCUGGAAUUUCUCGAUAGAAUGUUCCACACAUGCUAGACUGCACAGUUAUUAAAGCUGCCCCUUUGUCUUAAAAGGAUAGUUCACAAAGUUCUGUAAGAUAUGGUGCUUUCUUGAAUGUAAACCUAAAGCUCCUUACUAUUUAAUAUUUCUAAAGCUGGGCUUAAUGGGAGGGAUCACUGCCAGUUUGCUUUAUAGAAAAGGUAAAGGGACCCCUGACCAUUAGGUCCAGUCAUGGCUGACUCUGGGGUUGUGGCACUCAUCUCGCUUUACUGGCCGAGGGAGCCAGCAUACAGCUUCUGGGUCAUGUGGCCAGCAUGACUAAACCACUUCUGGCGAACCAGAGCAGUGCAUGGAAACACCUUUUACCUUCCCGCCGGAGUGGUACCUAUUUAUCUACUUGCACUUUGACGUGCUUUCAAACUGCUAGGUUGGUAGGAGCAGGGUCCGAGCAACGGGAGCUCACCCCGUCGUGGGGUUUCGAACCACCGACCUUCUGAUCGGCAAGCCCUAAGCUCUGUGGUUUAACUCACAGCACCAUCCGCAUCCCAUAGUUUGCUUUAUAAAUCCAUCCAAAUAGAAGGAUAGCAUUGUGAUGGUAGCCUAGCAUAAUUAUUGGGAUGGGGAAGGGGGGGUUAUAUAAAGAAGUACCUGUCAGAAAGGAAACCCCCUCCCUCACCUCAGUCCAUCACCAAAACCAUCUAUGUUAAUGGCUAUCAUCACAUCUCAUAGCAAUGAAUUCCAAGAAUUAAUUAUGCACUGCACAAUCAAAUUCUGUUGCAUAAGCAAGUAUGUGUCAUAUAAUCAGCACCCAUUGACAGAAUGGUAAGACCACCUGGUUUGAUUUUAUUUUAGCUCGUCUUCUGUGAUUAACAAUAGCAACUAAACACAAUACAGGUGUUUAAAUGAAUUGGAAAACUAUGUGAAUUAGCAAUUGACCAAGAAUCUGAAAAAAAAUAAAACCAGUAAAUACUGUUCCCUACAACAUGGGAAUAAUAACAUGCUAAAUACUUGCUUCCCUUGGCAGAAUGUUGUGCCUACCAAACCAAUUGUGAUGCCUUAGAAGGGGUCUGCUCCAAUUUUCACCUGAAAAGGCUCUGAAACGCUGCUAUAAAAUAAAGCUGUGUUGAGGAAAUGGAUCUUGUUACAUAAUGACCCACGUCCCUUGACUGAGUCCCCCAGAAACAUGGCAGCCUAACAGACAUAAGAUAUUGGGGGACGGUAAGAGAUUCACUCCUAAAUAAAUGAAUGUGCUCUUCUAAUUAUACUGUACAGUUCCAAUUUGUAUUUGAGGAGGACAUUUCCAUAAUAACAAAGCUGGAGCGGUUGGGGGCUAAUGACACAGAUUGGUCCUGAGGUUUCAUUUCUUUGUUACAAAAGUCCUUCCAGUAGCAGCACUUUGAUGUUGGACAGCAUGGCAACGCACUCUGUUUGUAACACGCAUUUUCUCCAGCUCUCCACAGUGGGUAUGAAAUCAGCUCACUAGCUCCAGUUUAGACUGCUGCACUGUUUCUAAGGCCUAGAUUCCUCCCACUUUCUUCCUCUUCUUUCUUUUUAUCUUUUUUUUCAGGAGCACACAUAUCAACCAGUAAGUGUUUCUCUGCUGUAGAAUAGGAGAGUCUGCAAACAGCUGAUAAGUUUGAUGGCCUCAGCAGCUGCUUUUGAAAAAGAAACCAUUUCAGAAUAAUCUGGCUUCAAAUUCAGAUCAUGCUAUAGGAAGAGCUGAACCAUUGCCUAGAGUGAUAUUGGACUGGAUGAGGGUCAAUAAACUGGUAAGACAGAGUUGGUGCCUGGUUUAUUGGGAGUGGGGUAGCAUUUCACCUUAAGGUCUGUAGGUUCAAUCAGAUCUGUCCCUGUCUUUAGGGGCUCAAGUGGCCUUGGUGGCAUUAAACCCCUUUCAUCAGCUAAGACUGGUGCACUAGCUGUGACCUCGUCCAGGCAGAGAUAACUUAGCCACAAUUUUUCAUGCUCCAGUGACAUACCAUUUAGACUAUUACAAAACACAGUCUAUGGGACUGCCCUUGAAGAUAGUUCAGACAAUAUAAUUAGUAUAAAACAUAGCAUCUAGGUUACGUACCUGGCAUAUGGCACUCAUGUUCCCAGCCUUGAAUGAGUGCCCUUGGUCCUAGUCCAUUUCCGGGUUCAGUGACAACCCCCUCACCCCCUGCCUGGUUAUCGGUUUGUUUUGUUCUUGCUUUUAUAGUGUAUUUUGUGUUUCUAUCUUAUAUUGUUAUGCUGUGAACCACCCUGAGAUAAAUAAAUAAUAAUGUCAAAUGCUGGUUUUAACUUUAAAAGCCCUAAAUGGCUUUGGAGCAGGGUCCCUCAAUAAUUACCUUCUCCCUUAUGUGCAGGUCUCUUCAUCAGAGGCCCUUCUGUCGUUCCCACAGAUGUGAGGUGGUUUAUGACGCAAGACAGGAACCCAGACACAUCCCAUAGUAAGCCAUUGCAAUGUGUUAAAAGGCACAACCUGGAACCCUGGCAAACUUGGAAUUGCCAAUUCAUAUUACACUGAUGUUUGGCGAAAUGUACAAAAUUUCACAAGAGCCUAGAGAGGGCAGUGCAGAAAACAGAUAUCUUCUAUUGCCAAGCAAGAAAGAGGCAGAUUCAAUCAGAUACAAAUGCGUUGCAAUAUAGUACAUUUAUAAAUUGUUUCCCAUAGAAUAUCUCAAUGCAAUUCCACAGUAAAAACAAUUCCAUAUUUUAAAAACUAUUUCAAAUCCAAUACAGUUCUCCUGUUCAUGCAAGGACUUCCACUCCCUCUCCUCUCCCCAUGUACCCUUCUGCCCCCCAAAUCUACUCUGAAGGAUUGAAGGAGCCCCAGGGCAGAUUUGAGAAUGUGAAGGGCAGGAGGGGAGGUUGCAUUGUGCAAGCAGAAGUCAUUGCCUUACAGGGAUAGAUUUGUUGAAUCUAACAUGCAAACAGUGAUGAAAAUAUAUAUGCAUCUGUGCACACAUGCAUUGUGUGUGUGUGUGUGUGUGUGUGUGUGUGUGUGUCAGAGCUGGCUCCAGGUCCCAGCUCACAGAGGACCAACGCUAGCCGGCAGUAAUGUACAAAAGUCUUUAUUGAAGUACAGUUUCCAUUUUCAAGCCGGAGCGCCCCAGCUCUACGUCUAGGGGUUAGAUCGGCGAAGCUCCAUCUGAGUCUCCGCCCCCUGUACACCAGUUUAAGAUUCUAGCCUUACUCCACCUCUUACGUCUCUCCUUUCUCCUCUGGGUCCUGCUACCCCCCGGGGUCCCUUCCUUCCUGGAUUCUUCUGACGCUGACCCCCCUGACUCCUUCCCCUCUUUUCGGCGGGCUUUGGGACCUGGCUCCCUAUCCGGGCUGCCAACUGCGCCGCCCUCCUGUACAUUUGAACUUGGCGCGCGCGCCCAGCCUUCAACCUUCCUCUCGACCGUUUCCUCGCUCCCCGAUGGAGGCGUGGCCAAUCCUGACUCAUGUCCUCCCACUGGCAGUGCGCCGCCUGAGUCCCGAUGCCUGGGACUCCUCCCCCUACUGCACUCUGGUGUGGACGCUGGUCCUGAUUUCCAACUGCUGCUCUCUGAGUCCCCUCUGGCCCCUUCUUCCUGGGGUGUCCCCUUGGCACCCCCCUUGCUCUGACCAAGGGAGCCCCUUUCUGUGAAUCUUCCGAUUCGCUGGAAAGACUCAGAGACCUCGGACCGCUGUCAUCGCUAACAUUUCCUUCGGACUCCUCCCCCUCGCUCUCUAGUUCCUCCCUUUCCUGUGCCUCUGCUCCUGAACCCCUGACAUCCAUCCCCCCCUCGAAGCCCCCCCGUCCCCCCUCCCCUCCUUCAGGUGUGGGUACUGGGUGUUCCGUCGUUGUGGGGGUGAGUGCCGGAUACAGUUCGUCCCCCGUGGCGUGCAUCCAGCCGGAUAAGUCCGGCUCGUCCUCCGUGCUCUCUCCGACCUCAAUUUCCUCUGCUUCCAUCUCUUUGCCGCCGUGCUCGAACCCAAGGUCCUCCCCCCACACGUCCCUGUCCGUCUCGCCCCCGGUCUCCGCCGGGGACGUUGCCUGCCAAGGACCCCCCAGCCCCAGCCUGCGCCACUGCUCCUCUGCGCGAUUGUCCCACCAAUAGGAACGGUCUGAGGCAGACCCGAGGGUGAUCCCUCCGGGGACGUGCUUCUAGUGCCGGUUCCUCGUCCGAGGUGAACCCCUGGAAUGUGCUAGCUGAAAAUGUGGGUGUGAAAAGCCAGUCGUCGAAAUACUCGGCUGGCAUGGGCCUGUGUGGGAAAAGUGCAUGGAACUCGUCCUUGAGCCAAGAUUCCUCCAGAGCAUAAUCUGGCACCCAACUGUUGGCGCUAGCCGAGGUACCUUCCUUGGCGAGGAGGUAUUCCACUCCCUCCUCCCCCAUCUCGAGUCUAAAAUCUCUGUGACUUCGUUGACGGGUUCCCGCCUUGGCGACCCCCUUGUGGGCGUUUCCCUGAACGGGUCUGGUGCCGUUCCUGGCUCCUGAAAUCUAUGAGGUGCUUUGUAGGGCGUGAGCACUGAUCUAUGGAAAACUGGGUGCAUUCUGGAUCCCUCCGGCAGUGUCAACCGGAAGGCCACUGGAUUGACCUGUGCCUCGACUUGGUAGGGUCCUAGCUGCUUAUGCCCUAGCUUCUUCUUCGCUAACGAUCUGGCCGGCACUGCCUGGGCUGCUAACCAAACCCAGUCUCCCACCUGUAUGUCUUCCCCAACCCUCCUGUGCUUGUCAGCCUGCAGUUUGUAUGCGUGCUUUGCUAGUUCUAACUGCCUCCGAAGCUGUUCGUGAACCUCCUGCAACUCUGAUGCUAAGGCCUCCGCUGCCUGUGGCUCCCCCUCCCCCGCUCUCGCUAAUCCCGGGAAGGUUCUGGGAUGCCUCCCGUUGUUGGCGAAGAACGGUGUCAACCCCGUGGACACGUGCUUCGUGUUGUUGUAGGCGAACUCAGCGAGCGGCAGGUAGUCCACCCAUGUUGCCGGCUGCUGAUUUGCGUAGCAUCGCAGGUACUGCUGCAUGAUGGCGUUGACUCGCUCCGCUUGUCCGUUCGUCUGCGGGUGUCUCGCCGACGCUAGGUUGAUCUUGACGUUCAGGAAACCCAUCAGCUUCUGCCAGAAGUUCGAGAUGAACUGUCGCCCCGGUCGGACAGGAUAGACCGUGGCAGACCGUGAACCCUGAACACGUGGUCUAUGAACAGUUUGGCGGUCUGUUCCGCCGUGGCCACCUUCGCGCACGGAAUGAAGUGGGCCAUUUUGGUGAACAUGUCCACCACCACUAGCACUGCCGUCUUGCCCCUCGAGCUGGGUAGAUCCGUGACAAAGUCCAGGGCCACCCUCUCCCACGGUUCGAGCGGUGUCUGCAGCGGUUCGAGCAGUCCCGCCGGCGGUUUGUGCACUGACUUGGCCCUUUGGCAGGUGUCGCACCUCGAGACGUAAUCCGCGACUUCCUGCCAAACUUGGGCCACCAAAAAUCUCUGGCUACUAAUUCUACCGUCUUCUCUUUGCCAAAGUGCCCGGCGGUGGGUGCGUCGUGCAACUGCUGCAGUACUUUCGCGCGGAGGUCGUCUCCCGGUACGUAGAGGGCCCCUCUGCGGAUGAGCAAUCCGUCGCGUAUCUGGAACUCGUCGUCCUCCGCCGUGCCCCUUUGCACCUCUGCCAUCUUUGCUUGCGCGAAGGGGUCGUCCUGCAGUGCUCGACGUACAGCAUCCAGGUCCACGGUUGCUGAAGCGCACGCCCACGCUUUCGGUGCGAAAAUGUGCUUGGCCGCUGCUGGUGCCGCCUCCUCGAGGUAUUGCGGCUUUCUGGACAGUGCAUCCGCCAUGAUGUUGUUGUCGCCUGGGAUGUACUCUAUCCUGAAGUCGAAAUCCGCAAAGAACUCCGCCCAUCGUAUGUGCCUCUGGUUCAGGAACCUUGCCGUGCGCCAGUACUCCAGGUUUUUAUGGUCCGUGCGGACCUGCACUGUGUGUUUGGCUCCAAUGAGGAAGUGCCGCCACGCCUUGAAUGCUGCAUGAAUGGCCAGCAACUCCCUGUCCCAGAUGGUGUAGUUCUGCUCUGACUUGCUGAGCUUCCUGGAGUAGAAGGCACACGGUCUCCAGUCCCCAUGCGGGUCUUGCUGCAACAGUACUGCUCCCACGGCUCUGUCUGAGGCGUCCGUUUCAACCCUCAUCGGUCUGCUGGGAUUCACAUGCAGUAGCUGCUCUUCGGACGAGAAGAGACGCUUGAGUUUCUGAAAGGACUGCUCCGCUUGCUCCGUCCAGAUGAACUUCUUCUUCUUGGAGCUGAGCGUGUCGGUAAUGGCCGCCGUCUGCAUCGCGAACCCCUUGAUGAACUUGCGGUAAAAGUUGGCGAAACCGACAAACCGCUGGACCUCCUUCCGAUUGCGCGGGCUCUUCCAGUCCAACACUGAGCGAACCUUGGCGCUGUCCAUGGCGAGCCCCUUGUCCGACAACUUGUAGCCCAGGAAAUCUACCUCCUUCAUGUCGAACUGGCACUUCUCCAGCUUGGCGUACAGCCUGUGCUCCUGCAGUCUCUGCAGAACUUCCUUGACGUCUCCCUCGUGGGUCUCCUCUGAUUCUGAAAAUAUCAGGAUGUCGUCCAGGAAGCAGACGCAUUUCUUGUAGAGGAGACCCGCCAAUACGUGAUGCAUGAAGGCUUGAAAACAGUGGGAGCCAUUUUGUAAUCCAAAGGGCAUAACUCUGUAUUCAUAGGUGCCCAGGAACAUGGCAGUCUUCCAUUCGUCGCCCUCCCGUAUGCGAAUCAGGUUGUACGCCCCUCGCAGAUCCAACUUUGUGAAAACGCGUCCUUUCCUCACCGUUGCGAGCAGGUCAUCAAUCUUGGGCAUGGGAAAGGCUGUGGGCUUGGUUUUCGAGUUCAAAAUUCUAUAGUCCACCACAAGCCUUUUUGGGGCGUGUCCUUCUUCUUCACAAAGAAUACAGGACUGCCCCCACUGCCUUCGACUCCUGGAUGAAACCGCGCUUCAAGUUGAGGUCUAUGAACUCCUGAGUUCCUGCAGCUCGUCUUCAGACAUGGAAUACAGUUUCCCGGUUGGCAGCGUCGCCCCUGGCAGGAGGUCAAUCUUGCAGUCAUAAGACCUGUGGGGAGGUAGCUUGUCCGCUUCCUUCUCGCAGAAAACCUCCAAAAACGCUGCGUACUUGAGUGGCACUGCUUGCAGCGUGCCUAAUUGUAGCUGCGGGUCAUCCUCUUCCCCUUCCGGGCUAGGCAGAAUGCAAUGUUCCGCACAGUAUGAGGAGCCGAAGGUCAGUUGUCGCUGGUACCACGCCAAUGCUGGGCUGUGCCUGUGCAGCCAACUCAUGCCUAAUACUAUAGGCGUGUCCGACAGUUGGGUGACAUUGAAGCUGAUGACUUCUCGGUGAUUCCCAAUUUGCAUCACCAUCGGAGGCGUUUGCUGCACCACCUGCCCCCAGCAAUUCCCUGCCAUCCACCGUGACAACUUUCAGAGGCAGCGUGGCUGGCAGGAGUGCUAUGUUGUGCUCUUGAAGGAAAUCCAGUCCUAUGAAGUCUGCGUUACUACCAGAGUCAAUGGUAAUCGGCACUUCCAUAGUGAGUCCAUUGGGUAGUUGGAGCGAUGCUGUGAGCUGCACCACUGGUUUGGGCGGGAGGGGGUCUGUGGGCUGCAAAAUCUCUGGGGACGGCUUCAUUGACUUGUCUGGUUGGGCCCCAGUGCCUCUUCCUCCAACCAGACUCUGUCGUUUCCCUGCUGUGGUUCUCUCUGCUGAGUUGCUUCUGUUACUGUUGCUGAGGCUGCAGUGUGCUUGUGGAGCCUCUGGGGACACUCUUUCGCCAUGUGCUGAGCACUGUCGCAGAUGUAGCACUUCCUGUUCCCUCUAGGAGGCUUCGCUUUGACUGCUCCCGGUGUUAAGGCUCUGGUUGCUGACUGAGCCCUGGCGCCUCCAAUCUCCAUCGGUUGCUCUCCCCCUCCUUGCGGAGGUGGGGAUUGCACACGCGCUGCAUCCUUGGGAAAGAGGGAAGGUGCUCUCACUGGCGUACGUCCCCAACGUCCUUCUUCUCUGUUCCAUGGACGUUCUUCCAGACGCACCCCAAUUUGCAGCGCCCGCCGGACAACCUCCUGAGUGCUCUUUGGUCUCUCCCCCCUUGCAAUCUCAUCUUUCACAUUUGCAUUCAAGCCUUCCCAAAAAGGUCUCUGGCUGGGGCAGAAUCCUUCUCCCAUCCCAGCGCAUGGACUAAUGCAAAAAGCGGGAAUGGUACUGCCUUACACUGGCUCUGCCUUGUUUGAGCCCAUGUAUGUCUUUUCUGGCGAUAUCAAUGUCUAUAAUUGAUAAAAACACGAAUCCAUCGCUUUAAUGAAUGCAUCCGCAUUUUGGAGCGGCGGAUCCUUAUCUCUCCACAGAUUGCGCAGCCACGCUUUAGCUUCCCCAUGCAAAUGGGACAAGAUAAACCCCACCUUCUCUUGCUCAUCUCUAAAGUCUUUAUCCAGCAGUUCCAGCGCAAACAGCACGUCUGCUCGGAAGUUAGGGUACUGCUGCAAAUUCCCAUCGAAAUGAGAUACCAGGCUGCCUCCUCUUUUCCCCAGCCCAAUCCCCUCUGAUUUGGGUCCCGGUUGCCCCUGCUUAGCAAGCACUUCCAACCUGGCUUGGAGAUCCCUGCAGGCGGCAGCCGCUUCCUCUUCCCUUUUCCUGGAUGCGAGUACCUCCGCGUUGAGUUGUGUCACUGCAUUUUGCAGGGCUGCUAGUUGCUGUUCUGUAGUCAUCUUGCCUGACUUUUGUGAGCUCGCGAAGCACCAAUCUUCUUCCCUCGCUGCGUCCACUCACGUUACGAGGUUUUUGGUGCAAAAUUUUUGAGAUGGAGCUUACUGUCAGAGCUGGCUCCAGGUCCCAGCUCACAGAGGACCAACGCUAGCCGGCAGUAAUGUACAAAAGUCUUUAUUGAAGUACAGUUUCCAUUUUCAAGCCGGAGCGCCCCAGCUCUACGUCUAGGGGUUAGAUCGGCGAAGCUCCAUCUGAGUCUCCGCCCCCUGUACACCAGUUUAAGAUUCUAGCCUUACUCCACCUCUUACGUCUCUCCUUUCUCCUCUGGGUCCUGCUACCCCCGGAGUCCCUUCCUUCCUGGAUUCUUCUGGCGCUGACCCCCUGACUCCUCCCCCUCUUUUCGGCGGGCUUUGGGACCUGGCUCCCUAUCCGGGCUGCCAACUGCGCCGCCCUCCUGUACAUUUGAACUUGGCGCGCGCGCCCAGCCUUCAACCUUCCUCUCGACCGUUUCCUCGCUCCCCGAUGGAGGCGUGGCCAAUCCUGACUCAUGUCCUCCCACUGGCAGUGCGCCGCCUGAUCCCGAUGCCUGGGACUCCUCCCCCCUACUGCACUCUGGUGUGGACGCUGGUCCUGAUUUCCAACUGCUGCUCUCUGAGUCCCCUCUGGCCCCUUCUUCCUGGGGUGUCCCCCUCGGCACCCCCAUUGCUCUGACCAAGGGGCCCCUUUCUGUGAAUCUUCCGAUUCGCUGGAAAGACUCAGAGACCUCGGACCGCUGUCAUCGCUAACAUUUCCCUCGGACUCCUCCCCCUCGCUCUCUAUUUCCUCCCUUUCCUGUGCCUCUGCUCCUGAACCCCUGACAGUGUGUGUGUGUAGAUUACUAGAUUGUGAAACAAGACUCUUGGCUGAUAAUCAUAGCUAAACUAAAAUUGUUCAAAUAAUCCACUUCCCUUCCCUUGAACAAUUGAAGUGAGCAAAGGGACAGGAAAUAAGGAAAGGUCAGAUUUGUAUGCUUUGUUUGUUUCCUUAGAUUUUCCAUAGUUGUGGAACUGAAUGUCCAGCAUUUGAAGAUCAAGUUCACCCUUUAGGCUUGCAGUUGCAACCCUCUUCAGAAUAAGAACUCAAAUGGGGCCUUUGUAAAGAAACAGAUAUACACAAAACCAUGAUGUCUUCUCCCUGCUCUUGAGUGAUGUCAAAUGACCUCUCUACCCUCCAGCCUAAGCUGCUUUUCCAGACAGUGGAUCAAUCACUGUAUUCCUAGGAGUGGUGUAAAAUUCACCUUUUAGCAGACAGAGUUUGGCCCAUCUCACUAGGGACCCGAGCUGUGGACACUCAGAGCAUCAUUACAUCAACCUAAGAGGAGAGCCGAUUCCAUCUGCAGUGUAAAGAGACACCAAACUAUUCAUUUCUCCUCUCUUUCUCUCUCUGUGUCAGUUUAAAAUCCUUUAAUUCAUUAUAUAGUACUUUGCAAACCAUAAACAACUUAAGAAGGAAUACUCUUCCUAAAAACAACUUGGCUUCAUCAAAACAAGUCUCAUGGAAGACUGACUUAAGAGUGAGUAGGCUAGUCAAAGCAAUUUGUCAAUCUCGGCUUUAAUGUGCAAAACAUUUUCUAAUCCUCCUGUCAUUCAGCCUCCCAAUAGUCUGUCAUUCCCAUUUUCUCUCAUGGGAUGCUGAACUCUGAGGGCCAAAUGAGAUGUGGCAACAGAAUGUAUGAAUCUCUCUCAGCUCUCUCUAAACUUUUGGAAGUAGCAGCCACUGUGUGUGUAUGUGGAGAGGGGGAUUGAAGUCAGGACUGCAGCAUAGGGGAAGGGUAUUGGGGUUUUUUUGCCAGACAGCAUCCUGGAACCCACAUAGGGCAUAUGUCACCCAGUUCACUGCUCUUAAGUUGAAGUGCUAGGAACGUGAUGAAAUCUGUCUCACAUUGAAUACAAUGGGGCUUUGAGGAGGGGGCUUCACCUUUCGCUGGGUUGGACCCAUUAUUUAUUUUAAAGGUGUGCAUCCUGCCUUUCCUUCACUUGAUCUCUUAGUUGGCUUGCAUAAUUAUAAGCCUGUAUAAGCAAAACAAGCUGAAAAACAGGAACAGAUACACAAUUAUUGUGAGAAUCACUGUACAAAAUGGCAGAUCAAUCAAAUGCAUUCUGUAAUUACCAUCAAUCUAUGGGAGGGGGUAAUUAAUUAAAAAAAAUAAAUCACCAGGCACUUAAGGGAUAGAGGGAGGAUGGGACGGGAUUGAGACAGGUAUGUUUGCUUAGGGAGUUUUCAUUUAUUUGUGCAUUUAUUAAUGCAUUUAUUUAUCAAUUUUAUAUUCUGCCCUUCCUCCCAAUGGAGCCCAGAGCAGCAAACAAGUGAUAACAACAUCUUUAAAGUGACCCAGCACCCACCUUGUUGUCUUUCCUGAACAAAAGCUGUGUGCUUUGUUUUGUUUAAUUGCCCCCAGCUUUUUAAUGCGUUUACAUUUACAGUAAACCCUUCCUUACUUGGGUGUUUGUACCACCAGUGCUUUUUUUCUGGGAGGACACAGGGGUAUGCAUACCCCUAAACAUUUUGUGAAUCUAAGUUUGACCUCAUUGAGGGGCAGUAUUUCAAUAUGAGUAGGAAAAUGAGAGUACCCCUAAACAUUUUUUUAAAGGAAAAAAGCACUGUGUACCACUGAGCUCACUGGCAGUUGCUACUUAGUAUGCCUAGGGCUGUGAUGCACAGCUGUGAUCAAAAUCUAUAAUCCUUUCCAGGUUUUGUAUUCUGCAUUAUGUUUUCGUAUCAUUAGAGUGUUUUCUUUUUGUUUACUACACAAACGUAUUUUGUUUGAAGCUGUUUCCUUGAUGGAGAUAACAAGGUGCCCUGGGAAUACCUAUCAAUCCAGCAGGGAAGGUGUGGCAUAACAGUCACGGAAACACAUAAAACAAAUGAAGGCUCAAAGGGGCCACAACAGAAAAGUCCCUGUCACUGGUGGCCAUCCACCCAUCCUCUGAAGAGAGGUGGGAACUGGAGGAGGGCCUCAGCGGAUGAUCACAGUAAAUACACACGCUUGUGCCUCCACAUUUGCUCAAGUAAGAGAUCAUCAUGGCCAGUGUACUGUCCUCUGAAUCAUUUGCAAGCGGACUCUUUAAUGGAUGUAUUUACCUAUGCCCCGGAAGAGAGGCAACUGGACACUUGGGAAAUCAAAACUAUUUAUAUCAUGUCGCUACAUUUUUUUCCUGUUCCUCUUGGUCAGGGUGACAGGCAUGGCUUUCCCCUCCCUCUUCCAUCCUCUCAACUACGGAUUGGGCAGAAAUCCGGUUCAGUUCGCAUCUGAAGGGGAUCUUACCAAAUUCGCACUUUCUGAAAAAAAUGUAUGAACUGAAACACAGCCAUCCUUCAAAAUCCACCCUCUCCCAGAUUGUAUAGUGCGUUUUCCCCAGUCAAGCAGUGUGUACAAAAAGGGUAAAGUAAAUACACAUGCUAGUGAAAGCAGUGAAAUGACUUUAGAUGGGGGGAAUAUUUAUGGGGGGUUCCUUUUGGGGGGAUUCCCUGCCCCCCAGCCCUAACUUGAGCUUCCAGGAAUUGAAUCUGAGAUUUUCUGCAUGCAGGGCAGAUGGGCCAUCACUCUGCUAUGGCCGUUCCCAUAGAAUAUCUUUAUAUGGUGAACUUUGUUUAGAGUUUUUAAUCUUCCGAACCUCUUUCCUUUUCAUAUUGUUUUUCUCAAGAUUGUUGUUCUGUUAGGAUGUAGUUUCAAUGAACAUUUUAAUUUCUGUAAGCUACUCCAAGUAACUGAGUUUAUUAAAUAAAUAGGACAGGAUUGAAAACUUUGAAUACAUAAAUUAAAAAAAUAAAGAAUUACUUCUAAAGAACACCUGUACCUUAUUUAGACCUGUUUUCAUUCAGACACAUAACAGCACCAUUAUACAGCAAUAUAUGGCAAAAUCUGCAAAGGCUGAGUUUAUAAGGUUUUAUUCAUUUCACAUUUUGAUAGGAAUUUAACUGCCUCCCUCAAUGGACAGCCGCCAUAGCGUUUGCUUCUACAUUCUUAAGGGUGGGGUGUGCUUUGUGUUCUUCACAGUAUUUGAGGAUGAGUCACAGAGAAUGAACUACCUUUCACUCUCUGAAAAGGAAUUUCCUUCAUACAAAGAACUGAGGUCAGUCUGUGAUGGAGGGAGAAGCCAAUAGAUCGUAGAUGGGGCAUAAAAGUAAACUUUAGUUUCCACAGCUGCCUUCUAGCAGCCUGGUUGUGUAAAUGCAUUUUAUGGAGCAAAUAGCAGCUGUUGACCCCACUGCAAUUAAAGCUGUAUCUUAAGCUAGGGCAGAGGCAGAGGCAUUCAGCACUGUCUUAUAGGCUCUUGCAAACCCUGUCAGAUAGCCUUCCCCAACCUGGUGCCCAGCAGAGGUUUUGGGCUGGGCAGGGUGGGAAAUGCUAAAUUGCUGCCUGCUGAGUGCCAAGGCAUUACAGCUACCUCCACUUUUUGUACUCUAACUUUCUUCAGAAAUGUCCAGUUGACUUAGCUUUCAUUGUUUUUUUGAAAAAAGAGUAUGGGGCCCAUGCUAGCAUGGGGCCUGGUACAUGUGCACUUCUUGCAUCUCCCAGUUAGCAGCCCUGAACAUGAGUAAUUCAAAAUUUCUAUCAGUGAUAUAAGACAAGAUCAGUGAUCACAUCUGUGCCAUACAUUUAAAGCAUUCUUACACCACUUUAACAGUCCAUGGAGAAGCUUGGGAACUGGAAAGUGCUGGGAAUUGUAGCUCUGUGAGGUCAGUGCCAAUGACAAGCGACAAUGCUUGGAGUUCUUUGGGAGAAGUCAUGACUAUUGAAAAGAUAAAAGAAAUUUCUGUUUCAAAUUUGUGAGGUUGAUGUGACCUGAAUGUCAGGCACUGCACUAUGGGGGGGCACCACGGGGAUCUGUAGGAGGCACCAAAGUCUUUAGUGCAGUGGCUGCUGUGCAUCUGGGGUUGGGAUUCUGGGUGGCAGGGGAGCUUGUGGGCUUGUUGGUUCCUUGGUUUUUCAGGUGCUGCAGUGGGGCGGAGCCACUUCCAGUCCCUGAAAUCAGCGGCUGCCCUAAAAAACUGAGGCGGACCUACCUCAGUUUGCCCUCAGCCAGCCCCCACUUGCCUACCCCGCUACUUACAAUCAGUCCAGGGGGUUUCAUUGUCUGUCAGCUUCUUCCUUCUUUGGUCUCAGUGUUAACUCCAGGGAAGGGGAGGGGGUGGAAGUAGAAUUAAUUGACUCUGCCUCCCAUUGGCUCUGGUUCCACCUUCUGUUGGGGCUUGAAGCCAGACACCCAACCAUUCCCCAGUGCACACCAGCCACCACUGAAGCAGGUGGAGGGAUGUGUAGAAAGGCAAAACGGACAAACAGAUGAAGGGGAGGAAAGCACACAAUGAGAGAGAGAGGUGGGUGGCAGAGAGAGAGUGAGAGCUCUAGACAAACUCCACCUACUGCUGACUAUAGCUCCACACACUCCCAGCACCCAGCCCUUGGCAGAUCCCUGUUGAGAGAAUGUGGGCCUUCAUAAAAAAAUAUAUAUAUUUUUCAUAUCCAAGGCAAAAUCUAAUGAGCUACUUCAGGGCUUCUUUACUGGCAGCUCAAUAUGCAACAUUUAUUGACUUGAUUGGCCAACAGUAACUGUGGCCAGGACAGUCUAGUGUGGCUGCAAUUUCCUCUUGUCAGUAGGAUGUUAAUUAACCAGCCAUUGGCUCUGUCAGACAUUGCACCUCAGGCUGUUAUGGUAUUCCUGCUCCUGUACCUAAGUUGCAUUUCCUCUAUUUUCAGAACCUCACCACGUCCUCUUCACCUUCUGGGCCUUGGCACCUGCCCUUCAGCUUUGCUUGGAACUUCACCUAGUUCAGAUCUACUGCCUUCCCCUGAAAAAGGGAUAUAUUUGCUAUAAUUACUUGCACAACCUUUUUUGA